AUGGCUACCCUCAAGGAGAAAGACGAAUGUGGUGAUUUACGUUGGGGAAUAAGAGAAAAUCCACCAUCAGAUUACUUGUUCGAAGUCGAGUCUUUCUCACUUUUUUCUGAAAGUGGCUACGGAGACAUUGAGUCUGGUGAAUUUGUUGCUGGUGGGCACAAAUGUGAGGAUGAAGAUUAUGAUGAGUAUAUGUGUCUGUACCUUUCGCUUGAAGACCAGGGUAAGGAGGUUCACGCUAUAUUCAGAUUCUUUUUGUUUGACCAGAUUCGAGGAAAUUAUCUCACUCUUGAAGGUGAUGUAAAACGUUAUGAUUCUGUAAAAUACCAAUGGGGUGUAAUUUUCAUUUCUUUGCAAGAAUUCAAAGAUCCCAUUAACGGAUAUUUAGUUAAUGACACUUGCGUUCUUGGAGCUGAGGUUUAUGUUGUCCGAAGACCAGUUCUUCAACAACGUCUGUCGAUAUCAAAUAUGGUUAAUGUUAUCUAUAACUAUACAUGGAAGCUUACUCAUUUUUCUGAGUUGGUGGAUGAUGAGUGUUUUUCUGAUGCAUUUGAUAUAGGGAGCUACAAAUGGCGGCUAUAUCUUAAACCAAAUGGUGACGCAGAUAAUAGAGGUUGCAACCUUUCGUUGUAUGUGGAGAUGAUGGAUCCCCCGGAUAACUCUUCUGAUGAGCAUGUGAAAGCAGAGUUCAAAAUCACACUCAAAGACCAGAUCAAUAUGAAACACUACAUAAAGAGAGGUACUAAUUGGUUUGGUCCUUCAACUUUGCACUCGUGGGGUUGGGGUUCUUUCAUUCCGCUCAAGAAUCUACAUGACCGUGCUAAAGGAUUUAUAGUCGAAGAUUGUUGCAAAUUUGAGGCUCAAAUUACCCUGUUAUGUAAAACUCAUCUAAAGCCUCUAGAUUCUUGA